AUGGCAUCCGCUGCGACGACUAAGGCUCCGAAGCAGAAAUCCGGUUCCAAGAAGGAGGGGAAGAGCAAGGGGACAAGCUCGUCUGCCCCUGCCACCCCAAUUGCCGAAAAGCCCGAUGCUCCCGUCGGUGCCGCCGAUGGAGAAACAGACCACCAUGGUGUCCAAUUACUUGCUGGUGGACGUCCGGACCAGGCUGCGUAUAACGCUGAGCAGGAGAAGUACAAAGCCGAAAUCACCAAGCUUCAGGACCAGCUGAAUAUUGCUCGCCAGAAGCUCACCGGUGGUGGAAAAGACGGUCCCCAAGCCGAGCGUCGUCAGGCUCUUCGCAAGGAACAGGAUGGUCUGCGUGAACAACAGGCCAAGAUCAAGGAUUCUCGGGGCAAGAUCCUGGCUCAGAUCAAGGCGUCUCAGGAAAACAUCACCAAGAAGAUUGAGUCCCUCAAGCUGCACAAGUCCAAAACGCCUUUCAAGACCACCACUGAGAUUGACAAUCGGAUUUCUCAACUCGAGAAACAGGUCGAUGCUGGCACUAUGAAGGUUGUGGAUGAAAAGCGAGCUCUUGCUGAGAUCUCUAACCUUCGCCGGCUGCGGAAGAACUUCGAGGGAUUCCAAGGCGAGGAAGACUCGAUUGGUGCUGAACGCGCAAAGAUCGAUGAGCUGAGAAAAAAGCUCGAUGAUCCCGAAGCCAAAUCCAUAUCCGAUCGAUAUGAGGCCAUCCGUAAUGAAUUGCUGGACAUCCAAAAGGAGGGGGAUGAGCUAUAUGCUUCACGAUCUAAACUCAUCGAGGAACGCAACAGUCUCCAGGACAAAGUCAACGCUCUCUGGUCUCAGCGGAAAGAGUCUAUCGGGGCGUUCCAGGAAGCGAAGACCAAGUAUAUUACCAAGCAGCAGGAAGAACGGCAUAGGCGUGAGGAGCGAUACCGACAACAGCGUGCUGCGGAAGAGGCAGACCGGAUCAAGGAGAUCACAGAGCGUCUCCGUGAGGAGGCUCAAAUGCCUGCCCAUCAGGCGCAGAUCGAGGAUUGCCAGACGCUCAUCGACUACUUCACGAUUCGUUUGAGCGGUGGCAGCGCUCCUGCUCCUGUCACUUCGGCCGACGCCGCACCGUCCGACAUAGCUGGUGUCAAGGCUCUGGAGAUUCGUCAAGUGGCCAGCGAGCCCUCCGAUGGCAUGGUUGUACGGAAAAAGAAGGGCGAUGCUGAAGAUGCCUACUUUGUUGGCGGUGGCAAGAAGGGCAAGAAGGGCGCUAAGGCUGCCAAUGGCCAUGCUAAUGGCGUUACUCACGAGCCGAAGGCAACCGAUAAGCUCAAUCUUCCUUUUGGCACCCUCACUGCCCUACUCGAACUGUCCAUCCCUCCGCCCACCUCACACGAGGACAUCCCUCAGGCUAUUGAGAACCUGCAAAAGAAAAAGGCGUACUUCGUCGCCAUUCAACCAAAAGCGACCCAGGAUCAGAUCGCCAAGGUCGAGGCCGAGAUCAAGAAGCUACAGAAGAAGCUCGACAGCAUGACAGUCAAUGGCGAUGCUCAGCAUGAGGUUGCUGAGGCGCUACCACCCAACGGAACGGGCGAACAGCCCGCUGAGCCUACUGCAACACCUGCUGUGCCCGACCACCUGUCCGUCAGUGUUCCCAGUGAGGCUGUCGACAAAGAGCUGGAGAUCGUCAAGGAAGAAGAGGAUGCUGAGGAGGCAUCAUAG